CUUGGGUCUCCUGUGCUUUAUUCGAUCGUGUUUCAAGAUGGCGGACGGCAGAGCAAGAGUCAACAGAGAAUUUCGUGAUAAAUUGACUGAACGAGUUCACUUCAACCUCGUUGAGGCUGGAAAACUAGGACAACAGCUAAAUAGAAGCUCCAGAUCUCACGAAAUUCUUGCACAAAGUACCAAGCACUAUGUCAGCCAAGAAAGCUCUCUUGCCAAUACCGUGGAGAAAAUGGGACACAUGCAGCACUUGAAUCAGAAUAUGAAAUUCCAAUGUGAUGACAUACAUCAAAGUUUGCAAGCUGUUGGAUUCGUCAAAAGACAACUAGACUAUGUAUGGGUAGAUGUGCCAAGGGGCUGAGACAACUGCAGUAAUAAAGGUCUGAGAUAUGUGUAAGAUGAUCGGUAGUCCAAUACCAUAUAUGAUGUACAAAGGGACUGAGACAACUGCAGUGAUAAAGGUCUUAGAUAUGGUUCAUGAUUGGAUGGUAGUUCAAUACCAUGUAUGAUUUACCAAGGGGCUGAGACAACUGCAGUAAUAAAGAUCUGCGAUAUGUGGCAGGUGAUUUGGUGGUAGUCAAAUACCAUAUUUGGUGUACCAUACCAAGGAGCUUAGAUAACUGCAGUGAUAAAGGUCUGCGAUAUAUGUAGGAUGACUGGAUUACAGUAGUUCACCACCAUAUUGGGGCUGAAAAUGUACAUAUUUGUUCUUUAUUUUCAAGAGACAAAUAAAGUCAAUGCACAAAAAUGCUACUAAACUAAGAGAAUCUUUUCAUUAUCUAAGAGGGUGACUUCUGACAGUCUGUACAUUGGAGACAUUUUUUGUCGCAAAGGCUUGUCAUAAUGGAAGUUAUGUUAACUCUAAAAUCUACAUCUACAUCAAUUUACUGCUGUAUGUUGCUUUAUUGUAUAGACACUAGUGUUUUACUGGGAAAUAUGCCACUCGUACUACAUCCUUGACCUCAGUGACAUAUUUUCUAUAUCCUCACUAGUUAAAAUAUCGAUUAUAUCUUUUCCAAUAUUUUCAACAUAAAGUUUUUUGUGAAUGUGGGUAUAUAAUAAAAAAGAAAAUUACA